AUGGCUGAUAGCAAGGCCAAACCCACCAAGGCCGCCAACAAGACGCCCCCCAAGUCUCCAGGGGACCCCAAGCGGCUGUCACAGGAGCCGGAGGGUAACCCUGAGGGUGCGGUGGCAGCAGAAGUCAGCGCCCUGGAGGAGGCCUUCCGGAGGUUCGCAGUGCAUGGUGACACGCGAGCCACCGGCCGAGAGAUGCACGGGAAGAAUUGGUCCAAGCUGUGCCGAGACUGCCAAGUCAUCGAUGGCAAGGCCGUGACCAUCACCGACGUGGACAUCGUCUUCAGCAAGAUCAAGGGAAAGUCCUGCCGAACCAUCACCUUUGAGCAGUUCAAGGAGGCGCUCCAGGAGCUGUCUAAGAAGCGGUUCAAAGACAAGAGUGACGAAGAGGCCGUGCUGGAGAUGCACCGUCUCAUCGAGGGCAAAGCGCCCAUCAUCUCGGGGGUAACGAAAGCGGUUUCAUCACCCACCGUGUCUCGGCUCACAGACACCACCCGGUUCACAGGCUCCCACAAAGAGCGCUUCGACCCCUCGGGCAAAGGCAAGGGCAAGGCGGGCCGUGUGGACCUGCUGGACGAGUCGGGCUAUGUGUCCGGCUACAAGCAUGCGGGCACCUACGACCAGAAGGUGCAGGGCGGCAAGUAG